CGCCCCAGCAUUAGGAUAAGCCCCACGCUGUGCCCACCAAACAUUUUCUCUUUGCCGAGGGACCCAAAAUUGCAAGGCCAAAUUUCUCGCUUCUCUCAAUCAAUCAACGCAUCGUUACCCUCGACCGCGACACCCGACGCCCACGUACUUCUGCCACCGAGAACGAUUCGAGCGCCCCCGAAAGCUAGCAGACGCGAAAAUGGAGAACGACAAGGGAGAGCUCGUCGACCUGUACGUCCCCCGGAAGUGCAGCGCCACGAACCGCAUCAUCAAGGCCAAGGACCAUGCAUCGGUACAGAUCUCCGUCGCCAAGGUCGACGAGAACGGCCGCCAGAUCCAGGGCGAGAACCACGUGUACGCCCUCUGCGGCUUCGUCCGCGCCAUGGGCGAGAGCGACGACGCCUUAAACCGGCUAGCGCAGCGCGACGGCUUCCUCAAGAGCGUCUGGAGCCCCGUCCGAUAAACGACCGAGAUCGCGAGGGCGGUGUGAGGUGGUGAUUGAGGUGACAGUGGUGGUGGUGGUACGUGGCCCGCUCUGAUCGUCCCCGCUUCGUUCCCCGGCCGACCGCGCUUUGUUAUGUUCCCACCAUAUCCUGACACGACGGCAGAUAGGCGGGUGUUGGUGCUCCUAAGAAAUUCGGGGCCAUACGGUUAAGGCGUGGGACUUGGUUUUAAAACUGCAUCUAGCUGGUUAGGACGGAUGGCCGCAACCACGAUUGCGAGCAAACGGAACAAAUAAAGAAUCAAAAACAAUUCAUUCUGAGCUAGAGCCCCCCGGCCCUCGCUUGGCCUCGGUAGAAUGUGUAUACGAUAAAGACAGCACCCGGCUAGUAAAGUGUCCUCGCGUCCACCUCUGAGUGACUCUAUGGGCGAGGACUCUGGGGCUACCGCGAUAGCCCCCGUGCCGAAGAUUGAUAGUGGCCUUGAAAAAGCCGUGAUGCUCGAGAUGUUCAUCAUAGCACAGAUACGGGCCAGACAUUACGCGUUUUCCCCGCCAAAUACGAGCCCACGUUUCGACAGGCAAUACAAUCUCUUCGUAUCUAGUAGACAUCAUGUUUUCGUG